AAAUGAAUGCAGGUCUGGAGACGAAGACUCACGCAUGAAUGAAUAAUAACCAAUCCCAAACGAGAAUGCAUCGUCUUCUGAGCUCUCUAUGCCUGGCGCUGCUGCUUCUGGCCACAGUUUCCCUGGGAAAUGCGCAGACAACAAGUCGACUGACCGUCGACUCACAUGACAUCACCGUUCUUCUGCACUCAAACGAGACGUUUGUGGUUUUUGCCAACCAGCUGUUGGACAACGAUGUGCAGGUUACGCUGAAGACGGACUCUGAAAACCACUUGGGCCUAGAUCCUGUAACGUUCCUCUAUCCGGCCGGCAGUACCCAGAACCAGACCGUGGUGAUAACAGGCCUGAACGCGGGCUACGUUCAAGUCACCGCCGAAGCCACUGCUGAAAAUGCAGAAAUGCUCGAGGAUGUCUUUGUGCGCGUGACGGUGGCCAAGUCGCGGGGGCUCAUCUACACCUCGAUCGUGUUUGGUUGGGUGUACUUUGUGGCUUGGUCUGUGUCGUUCUACCCACAGAUCUGGAUCAACUACCGCCGCAAGUCGGUGGAGGGGCUCAACUUUGACUUCCUUACCCUGAACAUUGUGGGCUUCACCCUGUACAGCUUGUUCAACUGCGGCCUGUACUUCAUCGAGGGUCUGCAGGACGAAUACGAGGCGCGGCAUCCGCAUGGUCUGAAUCCGGUGAUGCUGAAUGAUGUGUUCUUCUCUCUGCACGCCAUGUUCGCAACCAGCAUUACGAUAAUUCAGUGCUUUAUCUACGAGAGGGGCCAGCAGAAGGUGUCAUUUGUUGCCUACGGAAUCCUGGGAAUCUUUGCAGUGGUCGUGAUUGUGUCCGCCGGCUUGGCCGGGGGCUCCGUGAUCCACUGGCUGGACUUCCUGUACUACUGCAGCUACGUGAAGCUAACUAUCACCAUCAUUAAGUAUGUGCCGCAGGCACUGAUGAACUAUCGCAGGAAGAGCACCGCAGGUUGGAGCAUUGGCAAUAUCCUGCUGGACUUCACGGGCGGCACGCUGAGCAUGCUGCAGAUGAUCCUAAAUGGCCACAACUAUGAUGACUGGGCGUCCAUAUUCGGGGAUCCAACCAAAUUCGGUCUGGGUCUUUUCUCCGUGCUCUUUGAUAUAUUCUUCAUGCUGCAGCACUACGUGUUUUACAGACAUGCGAAAGAGCAAUCGAGCUCUGACCUCACCAUUGUGACGGAGGCGGCCCAGAAUCAAGGGAAAGAUGACUCGCCGAACGAUGUGACGAAUGGAAAAUAUUAAAACUUUUAUCAGUGUGUGCUCUAUAAGACUUUUGUGCCAGUAGCGCUUUUCUGUACAUUCUACAGUUGUAAAUAUAUUUGUACGCAUAAGCUUUAUAUAAA